AUGAACGCCAACAUCGACUUCGAUAUCACCGACAUCCUGACAGACGCUCAAGGCCAGAUACCCCAGGACCAUCUUGACAAUCUCCUGGCGAGACAGGCAGAAGCGCGACAUGCCCUUGAAGACCAAAUGCGCAAAGCCCAGGCGAUGCUCGCAACUUUGCGCAAAAGGCGGGACGAACACGUCAAAACCUAUAAGGAAGUUUCUGGACAAGCGAAAAGACUCAAAGAGGAGGCUUUCAAGUUGCUUUUAGAGGAGAAAGAGGACCUGGACCGCAAAAUCGAGGCUAGACAAAAUGCACGAAAGGUCGACGCAGGCCAGAGCAUACCUGACGCCGACGGGUCCGGUGGAAAGUCCGGUUCUGAUAAAGUACUAAAAUUCUUGAUUGCCCGCCGACACGACGUCCAAGCUCACAUCGACAGUCUCACCAAUCCCGGAUUCCACCGCCUCCCUCCAGAGAUCCUCCAGCAGAUUUUCCUGCACGUUACCUUUUCACCCAUACGCAGGACGAAGAGUCCGGAGACCUUCAGUGUUGGCGAGAGCUACUCGCCUACACCCAUCUCUGCCUCUUACCACGGGGCACCGUUGGUGCUAACUCGGGUCUCCAGGACGUGGAGAUCGUUGGCAAUUGGCAUGCCUGAGCUAUGGUCCUCUAUCUCUGUACGUGUUACAGAGGAGAUCGGCUCGGAGGGCAAGUGUCGACCACCCCUUCCUGUCUUGGAAGAAUGGAUCAAGAGGUCGGGCACGCGACCUCUUGUCUUCGAGAUCCUCCAAUCGGCCGCAGACAGGGUGGACUCGCUAACGGCAUCUCCGAGCAUCGAGCCCGUCCCGGACUUUGAAGGACUGGCAGAGAGCAGUAUGUUUGAAAAGGCUCUGAAGUUAUUCCUUCCACACUACGCUCGAUGGCAGGCUGCUCGCUUUAGGACGAUGGUCGAGAGCGAUGAAGGCCUAUUCCGGGACCUACCUUCAGACGCGUCAUAUCCCUUGCUACAGGAUUUGCACAUAGAUAGGGACAUGUGGGACCCGUUGAGUUCUCCCACUGAUGUCGAGCGAAUCGUCGCUAUGUUGUGCAACUCCCCUCGCCUUGUAUCCAUCCGAUGGGGCUCCCGGUGGAUCGGGCCAUUUGCACAGGAACUUCCCUUCGGACAGCUGCACUCAUUCAGAUUGCAACCGAUCAUCUCCUCUCAACGAUUCCGCGAUAUUCUGACCGAAUCCCCGCAACUGCGUUCUCUUGUAGUCCGUGUUUACUUGGGUGUCACGUCCGACAAUGAUCCCGAGAACCCAGACGCGGCCCCUGCACAACCACUUCACCUCCCCAAUCUUGUCGAAUUGAAGCUUGCCUACGAAGGCUUGGAGAUCAACCUGAAAACCUUCCUGGCGACCACCACCAUGCCCAAUCUUACAUCGCUUACUCUCAAUGCGGAAACGAUUGGAAUCGGCACUCAUCUUUGGCCAGAACAAGAAUUCCUCUCGUUUGUCCACCGUUCUGGAUGCCAACUCGAGUACCUGGUCCUCCACAACUUCGACUUUAAUGAGGACCAGGUCCUUGAAGUGCUGAAGGUCGUUUCCAAAACACUGUGUUACCUCUCCAUCCAGAAUGAUCGCCAGGUCAGUGGGUUCAUGAAGGACAAGGUGCUCAAGGCCCUCGAAGUUCCAUACGACGAUCACACGAAUGCGCUCCUUCCCGCGGACAUCGAUCCAUCCCCUUCCACCACCAUCACUCUUCCCGAAAUCUUGUGCCCGAAACUCGAAUACCUCAAUCUCUGGAACACCAUCGGCUCCACGGAUGGUGCGGUUUCGGAUAUGGUGGCCAGUCGACGACACUUUGCUCAUCCACUUGGGGUGGCGAGAUUGUCGAUAGUCAUCGUCACGUUUAGCGAUUUGAACGAACAUCGGCGGGAUAUUGAAAUGUUCGACACGCUGAAUGAAGAAGGACAGUGGGGUAUUACUUAUAUUGCGACCUAA